UAUGUUAGAUCACACUCUUGGAAUAUUUGAAGUUAAUAAUGAAAAUGGGGCCGUGACAUUGAGUGGCAAUAUAGACUACGAAAAAGCUCGAACAUUUCAGAUCAAUAUCCGCGCAAGUGAUGAGGGAGGGCUGGUUGACUCCUGUAAAUUAAUUGUAGAUGUCAUAGAUGUGAACGACAACAAACCUGAUAUUCACAUUAUGUCUGAAUCUAAUGUUAUAUCAGAAGACGCUAAACCUAGCACAGUCGUAACUAUGAUCAAUGUAGAAGAUGCCGAUUCAGGUGAAAAUGGCAAAGUGAAAUGCUCCAUAAACAAUGACAUUCCAUUUGCCUUGAGGUCAACAUCUAACAACUUCUUCAGCUUAGUGACAGACAGUGAUUUAGACAGAGAGAAUGAGUCAGGUUAUAAUAUCAGUGUGACGUGUUCUGAUGAGGGAGUACCAUCGCUUUCCAGCAGCGUCACAAUCACCCUUCAGAUCCUAGAUGUGAACGACAACGCGCCUGUAUUUCUAAAAAAAUCAUACGAAGGAUACAUCGUAGAAAACAACGUCCAAGGUGUCUCUAUAUUCACACUCAACGCAAAAGAUGCAGACUGGAACCAGAAUGCUCGUGUCUCUUACAUACUGGAGGACUCCUCUAUUAACGGUGUGCCCGUCUCCUCUUAUGUGUCUGUUAGUGCUGACAGUGGAGUUAUACAUGCAGUCCGCUCUUUUGACUACGAGCAGAAUAAAGAUUUUCAGAUUCUUGUUAAAGCUCAAGAUGGAGGCUCUCCUCCCCUCAGUAGUAAUGUGAGUGUGAAAAUACUGAUCCAGGACCAGAACGACAACGCCCCUCAGGUUCUGUAUCCAGUCCAGACUGGUGGUUCUCUGGUGGCUGAAAUGGUACCUCGUUCAGCAGAUGUGGGCUAUCUGGUCACUAAAGUGGUGGCUGUUGAUGUGGACUCUGGACAGAAUGCCUGGCUCUCCUAUAAACUACAGAAAGCCACAGACAGGGCGCUGUUUGAAGUGGGCUUACAGAAUGGAGAAAUAAGAACUAUCCGCCAAGUCACUGAUAAAGAUGCUGUGAAACAAAGACUGACUGUUAUAGUGGAGGACAACGGACAGCCCUCUCGUUCAGCUACAGUCAUUGUUAACGUGGCGGUGGCGGACAGCUUCCCUGAAGUGCUCUCGGAGUUCACUGACUUUACACACGACAAGGAGUACAAUGACAACCUGACUUUUUACUUGGUCUUGGCUUUGGCUGUAGUUUCCUUUCUCUUCAUCACGUGUUUAGUGGUGAUCAUAUCAGUGAAAAUCUACAGAUGGAGACAGUCUCGUAUCCUGUAUCAUUCCAGUCUCCCGGUGAUCCCAUAUUAUCCACCACGGUACUCAGACACUUUGGGGACAGGGACUCUCCAGCACGUGUACAAUUACGAGGUGUGCAGGACCACUGACUCCAGAAAGAGUGACUGUAAGGUCGGCAACGCUGGUAGUCAGAACGUUCUGAUAAUGGACCCCAGUUCUACAGGGACCAUGCAGAGAAUACAGAGUGAAAAGAGCAUCCUGGAUGAACCAGACUCUCCACUUGAGGUAAGACACAUCCUCUCUGCUAUCUGAGUUAAAACACAGAUACACAUACGCAUGGCAAACGUUACUGACAAGCGCACAACAACCAAAGUUUCUGUUUAAAAGCAACCUUCAGUU